AUGUUCGCUGACACGAACAUGAAAAAAUUUGAUGAGAUCGCCAAACACAACGCAAUAUCAAGCGACUGCAAAACGCCAUCCGGCCAUUGCCGCAGCCGCAGAAGCCGUUUCGAUCACUAUACAUGCACUGAAGCUGUCACUUGUUCAGAAAUAAAGUCCGCCGACAAUGUCUCUCAUCUAGGACCUCCGAAAGAGCGCAUUCUUGAAACUGAUUCUCUUGUUUUAGAAGUCGAUAAUCUUCGUCUGCAGUUUUUGUACUGUAGAUCUCAAUUGCGAACCCUCCAUGCAAUUCCAUUGCUCAAUGUCAUGGAUAAGAUGUCGAGAGACAAUUGGGAGAGCCUCAUGAAUCGAUCGCAAGAAUGGAGGAAAUUCGAUGAAAACGUCACUUCGGAUCAUCUGGAAACACUUAGCACUCUGCGCUCCAACUUGAACAACUUCCGCAUGGAGGCCGAAAAUGUAAAGGAAGAAGAUGUCGUCAAUUCCGAAAAAGAAUUCCGCAAUAAACUCGCUCAUCUCGAACAGCUGAUACUGGACUCCAGGAAUUCAAUAAUGGAGGCCCUGGAAAUCAGGGUUACUUCGCCAAAUCAACGCCACCAUGAACUCAUCACUGAACACCACCAAAACGGGGCCGAGGAAAUCGCACAGAUUCGCGGAGAAAACAGUAUAAUCGAGGAAAACAUAAACUUCACGGAAGGGGUGAAGAAGUCGGAGACCAUGAAGAAGAAUCCGAUGAAUGGAGAGGUUGAUGGCCAAGCUGUGCUCAUGAUUGAGCAAGAAAUAAGGAGCGCUGAGCAAGCCAUACACAACUUUGAGGAGAUAUUGCGCCAUCUGGACAAUGUGCGCUUGUGCCCUUUCAGAAGAUUCGGUCACGGAAACAUCAACAAAUACCACGAGCGCUUUAUGAGUUGCGGCUUUUGCAAAGCAAUGGGGUCCUCGUGCUCGAUUGCACCUAUAUCGACCCUUUUGAUCUACGACGAAGAGCGCAUAGAGUCGACGCGCAGAAACCAUCUACGAUACGCAGCGAAAGCCAGGUACUCCAUGAAGUUGUUCUUCUGGCGUGAGCCACAGUAUCUCAUUCGCUAUUUCGUUCAUUGUCCCGGCACAAGCCGCAAUCAGAAGGAGGUUGAGUCGACCGACAGAUGCAGACAGUGCUUCAAAUUUCUGUGUUCGAGAGGAUCGGCUUGCAAGAAGUACAUGACACUCUGCUUUUACUGUCGCGAGCGCGACCACCAUAGCGCAUUGUGCAACUUUCCGGACUACAGCGAUGAAGCCCGCUCACGCCAGGAUAACGCCUACGAAGGAAGAAGAAGAAACAUUGCCAAACUGGAAAAGCUUCGACGCGAGCUGAGGCUCUACGGGAUUCGCCCAUAA